GUAGACGCAAGGAGGAGGGUUAAGGAAACGCAAAGUUGCCGGCGAGAUAUAAAUAGGAAAGGGGAGGAGUGGGAAACAGGAUUAGCGGAAAGAGAGAGGAUCAUCUUCUUUCAUCCUCUGCGGAGAGAUGGCGGCUCACAGGCUGGUGUUGAUCCGGCAUGGCGAGAGCACUUGGAAUCAAGAGAACCGCUUCUGCGGCUGGUUCGAUGCCGACCUGUCGGAGACGGGCGCGCAGGAGGCGGCCAGGGGCGCCCGGGCUCUGAGCGACGCCGGCUACCAGUUCGACAUCUGCUACACCUCGGUGCUGAAGCGGGCGAUCCGCACUCUGUGGGCGGUGCUGGACGGCAUCGACCAGAUGUGGCUCCCGGUGGUGAGGAGCUGGCGGCUCAACGAGAGGCAUUACGGCGGCCUUACCGGCCUGAACAAGGCGGAGACCGCGGCCAAGCACGGGGAGAAACAAGUGAAGAUUUGGAGACGAUCCUUUGACGUCCCCCCUCCUCCAAUGGAAUCCGAUCAUGACUUCUAUUCCAUCAUUAGCAAGGACCGUCGAUAUAGUGACCUGUCAGAGGACCAGCUGCCCUCCUGUGAGAGCUUGAAGGAUACCAUUGCCCGUGCUCUGCCCUUCUGGGAGGAGGAGAUUGUACCGCAGAUCAAAGAGGGGAAGCGGGUACUCAUUGCAGCUCACGGCAACAGCUUGAGGGGGAUCGUCAAACAUCUGGAAGGCAUGUCCGAGGAAGCCAUCAUGGAGCUGAACCUCCCAACGGGGAUCCCCAUCGUGUACGAGCUCGACAAGAACCUGAAGCCGGUCAAGCCCAUGCAGUUCCUGGGAGACGAGGAGACUGUACAGGCAGCCAUGGCUGCCGUGGCAGCCCAGGGGAAAGCUAAGAAAUGAAGAAUGGUGCUGAGGGAGCGUGGAAGGAUCGCAAGAAUUCCAUAAUGUAGCUUCUCGAAAAAGUAUUUAUAUAAGUGGUUCUGGGAACCAUGGUAGCACCUAGCUCCCAGUUGCAUUACCUACCUUACACUGUGUUGCCUGAGCCUGCUCAUUGGGUCCUCGACAUCCCUUUCUGUAUUUUGUCUCUCCUUUUAAUCUCUCUUAUCCAUCUUCUCCUUUGUCCAUUGUGACUUAUUGUGGAAUUAUCUAUUAGCUUACAGAUUCACCUGUUCAAUCUUCAUGCCUGGCUGAUCAGUAGAACUGUUCCUGUGUUGGAAAUAUAUUUAAAGGAUGUAUUGGUAGUUCUUUUGAAUUUGGAGACCCACUUAUUCCAGUUGAAGGCACAGAUUAAUCAUCACCUUUCCCAUUUAUAGGAUAAUAAGUGGUUACAGAACAUCUGAUAUUAUAGAACAGUGUGACUAUCUAGCUUCUUUCAGAACCAGGUUUAAUAUCACUGUAAUGUGAUGUGAAACUUGUUCUUUGUGGUCGCAGUAUAUAUAUAUUUAAAUAAGUAGUUGCAAAAAGAAAGCAAGGAAAGUGAGGUAGUGCAUAUGGGUUCAUUGUCCGUUCAGAAAUCUGAUGAUAGAAGGGAAGAAGCUGCUCCUAAAACCUUCAGGUUGCUGCAGGUUCCUUAAUGGUAACAACAAGAAGAGGGCACGUCCUGGGUAGGGGCACUGUCACUACAUGGAUGAGACAGUAGAAUUAUAGACCAAGAGGUGAGACGUUUAUGAGUUAUUCUGAAAGUUGGCAUUGGUGUAAAAGGAGGUAGUGUUUACAUAAAGAACGAACAGACCUCAAGCUGCAUUGAAGUGAAUAUUUAGAUGUUAUUGGCACGGUAAUGUUAACCAUUGGGACACCUGGAUCAAUAUCCUGACAAGACCAUCCAUCAAGGUCACCAAUGAACCCCUAGCUGUAUCUGCCUUGACGACGUGUCGCAACACGGUAGCGUGACACUGUAUUACAGGUCAGGGUGUUGACGUUCCGUGUCCAGUUCCGACGUCACCUGUAAGGAGUUUGUACAUUCCUCCCCACGAACUCAGAGGUUCCCUCCAGGCAUUCCGGUCUCCUCCCACGUUCCAAAGACACACCGGUUGAUGGGUCGUUGUAAAUUGUCCUGUGAUUAGGUUAGGGUUAAAUAGCUGUGUUGCUGGAUAGCACAGCCCGUUGGCCGGAAGGGCCUGUUCCACACUGUAUCUCUAUAUAAAAUAAACAAACCUAAAAAGGGAAUUCAAGUGAGAUUAUUUUACCCAGUGAGCAGUCAGACUAUGGAACUUGCUAGCAUAAGGUAUGCUUAGAGGGAAAAUGAAAGAUGUCAAUUAUUUGAUAUAGUGUGAAAUGUUCUGAUGGAGUUGAAAGAUCUAGGAAGAGGUGCAAGGAAUCAAGAUAGUGUAAUGAUAGUGGGGAGUAAGAGUCAAGUGAAAGAACAAUAAAUAUUGAUGUGGACAACCAACUGUUUACUCAUUGGGGAAUCACACUUUCACUUAAACUAGUUUAUGCAAGAGACAUUAGUUGGGUUAUUUCAUUAAUUAAGUAGCAGUUCAGCUCCUCACGGUAACUGGAAGGUGGUAGUGUUAGUUUUUUAAGGUGUUAGCUAAGAUGUUGAAAAGCCAAUCACCGAUGGGAUUAGCCACAGAGCAAAUGAAUUACAAGGGCAGCGAAAAGUGUUGCUCUAAAGCAGUAUUAAAGGUUUAUCAAUAGACAUUGUGGGCUGAGAGACUUCCCUUGGUCUUGUAGAACCUCUACAAGUAGGUUCUUUUAAAACCUAAACCCAUUGUCAUGCUUUGCAUCUGUAGCAAGGAGUUAACAAAGUAACCCUCAAUCACAGCACUCAGGUAGGAAGUAUAAACACCAGAUAUUUUGAGGAAUGCUGGAAAUGCAGGGUAACACACACAAAAUGCUGGAGGGACUCAGCGGGUCAGGCAGCAUCUACGGAGAGGAAUGAACAUUGAAUGUGGCAGGCCGUUACCUUUCAUGAAGGGUCGUGGCCUGAAAUGUCAACUGUGUGUUCCUUCCCAGAGAUGCUGCCUGAUGUGCUGAGUUCCUCCAGCAUUUUGUGUGCGUUGCUUUGGUAAGAAGCCCUGCACUAGAGACAAAGUGGAAGCGGUUUCCUGGAGUUAGUUUCACAGAGUUGAAAGUGCUGUUGGUUUGAGUGUGUUUGUGUGCUGCUCCCCUCUCUGCUUCCAUCAUUAAGCAUACCUGAGUAUUGUUAUUGUUUCCCCUUCUCUCUCGCAACCUCUACCAUCUUCCCCCAACCCUUUGCUGCAUGAAGGUGAUUGUGGAGCACUGCAAUAUGGGAUCGAUGAUGUCCCAAACGCACGCUGGAGCCCAGCGUGUGUCCACCUUCGCAUUCCAAAACCUUCUGUAACACAAACUGGUGAAUAAAUGUGCCUCUGAGAA